CCGGAGGAGGGAGCUGAGCGGUGAGCGGAGUCCGCCUGGUGCCGACCACAGCGCAGCUCUGGUUCUGCUCAGCCCCACCUGUCAGCGGGUCCAGGCAGACAGGGACGGGGGCCACGGAUGCUGUGCCCUGCGGGGAAGAGAGGAGCGGGGGGCGCCCGCUAGGGAGAGGUGGGGCUGGCGUGGUAUUUGGAGCCUGCUGAGAGAGAGCGAGAGAGGGAGAGAGAGGGAGAAGGAGAGAGGGGGCAGCUCUGGAGAGGAGGCAGGAGCAGCGCAGGCUCCGACACACAGAGCAGCACCGGCAGGAGCUCCGGCUUUGGGAGCUCCGGGAACCUGAAGGGAACAUGGGGUCGGUCCCCGGAGCCUUCCUCCAGACGCUCCUUCUGUUAUCCGCGCAGAGCUGGGGCGCAGCCCUGGCAGGAAGCCCAUAUCACUGUGAGGAGCCCCUGGUGUCCACCCUACCCUCGUCAUCCUUCAGCAGCUCCUCCGAGCUGUCCAGCAGCCACAGUCCCAGCUUCGCCAGACUGAACCGGAGAGACGGAGCUGGGGGCUGGACCCCACUCAUAUCAAACAAGAACCAGUGGCUGCAGAUCGACCUCGGAGAGAGGGUAGAGGUCACGGCGGUGGCCACGCAGGGCGGGUACGGGAGCUCCGACUGGGUGACCAGCUACAUCCUGAUGUUCAGCGACAGCGGCUGGAACUGGAAGCAGUACCGGCGGGAGGACAGCAUCUCAGCCUUUCUGGGAAACUCGAAUGCGGACAGAGUGGUGCAGUACAGGCUGCGGCCGCCCCUGGAGGCCCGGCACCUGCGCUUCCUGCCGGUGGCCUGGAACCCAGACAGCAGGAUUGGGAUGCGCGUGGAGGCCUACGGAUGUGCCCACAGAUCAGAAGUGAUUGAUUUUGAUGGAGAAAGUUCCCUGCUUUACCGAUUUGUUCAAAAUACCAGGAGUCUAGGAAAAGACGUCAUUUCUUUGAAAUUUAAAACUCUGCAGAGUGAAGGGAUUCUACUCCAUAGGGACGGACGGAAUGGAAAUUGCAUCACCCUGGGAUUAGUGAAAGGAAAACUCGUUUUAUUCACAAAUUCAGGCAACACCACGCAGCCCUCGCCACGUGGCCAGGGUGGCCUGGCACUGGGCAGCCUGCUGGAUGACGGGCACUGGCACACGGUGUGGCUGGAGCGCUCUGGCCAGGGCCUGAACCUCACGGUGGACAGGCGCUCGCAAUCCUUCUGGGCACCGGCAGAUCUGCGCCACGUGGACCUGGACCCUGAGAUCAGCUUUGGAGGGAUUUUUGCGCCAGGAAAGCCAAUAGUGUUUCCAAGGAAAAACUUUCAUGGAUGCUUAGAAAACAUUAAUUUUAAUGGAGAGGAUGUCAUUGGUUUGGCCAAGCAGCAGAGACCACAGGUCCUCGUCACGGGAACUGUCGCCUUUGCCUGUGCACACCCACAGACCGUGCCCGCCACGUUUCCGAGCGCGCGGAGCUACUUGGCGCUGCCCGGCUCCCCCGGGGCGGACGGGGCCUCCGUCAGCUUCCAGUUUCGCACGUGGAACCGCGCGGGGCUGCUGCUGUCCUGGGGGCCCCGCCCGGGCUCCGGGGACUUCUUCCUCGCGCUCCAGGACGGGAAUCUCCACGUGGGUCCACGUGCAUCCCCGGGACAGGCGCAGAGCGGUGGCCGCACAGGUAACUCAGGGCCGGGUCCCAGCUGGGCACGGAGCGCAGAUUUUAGGGAUUCCUGGGAGCCCCACUUCCCCAGAACACAGGCGCCCGCUGUCUACACCACAGGAAGCACCAGGGUUCCGGAGAAAGGGUGCCCGCCCCUGGGAAGCGGGAUCUUGGAACCCCCCUCUACCCCGCCUCACGCCGCUUCCCCGCACCCCAGAGCUCCCUACUGGAUACUUGCGGCUCCGCCUCCCCUGCGCGCUGUGCUUCUCCUGCUGCUACACACCCUGAAAAUGUGCGGCGGGAGCCACAGAGGCCUUGACCAGGAGGAUGGAGGGAGCGCUGGCUGCUGGGCGCUGCCCCUGAGGUUGAGUUCCACGGGCUCCCAACACUGCCAGUCCCAGGCAGCGGCUGCCCUCAGAACUUACGAAGUUUGUGGUUUGUGGCUGUGUCUGUUACCUGGUUUGGUUUCCGCAGGUGUUGGAUUAAAUGACGGGCAAUGGCAUUCUGUCAGGGCGUCCACGCGGGGCCACCUGAGCGUGAUGGUGGACGACGACGUGGCCUCCACCAUCCACGCCACGGUACCUGUGGGGGUCCACCCAGGCGACGCCUACUACUUUGGAGGGUGCCCCCCUCACGGCUCUGGCUCUGACUGCGGCCGAUCGCUGGGACCACUGGGCGGAUUCCAGGGGUGUCUGCAGCUCAUCUCCAUCGACGGCCAGGAGGUGGAUCUGAUCUCGGUGCAGCGGGGCACUGUGGGGAACUUCAGCGACCUUGUGAUUGACACCUGUGGCAUCCUGGACAGGUGUUUACCCAACUACUGUGAGCACGAGGGCACCUGCUCCCAGACCUGGACGGCCUUCCACUGUGACUGCAGCAGCACUGGGUACACGGGCGCCACGUGCCAUCGCUCUCUCUACGAGCCGUCAUGUGAGGCCUACAAGCACCUCGGCCAUGCCUCAGGAUUCUACAACAUCGACCCAGACGGCAGCGGGGCCCUGAAGCCGUUCCAGGCGUUUUGUAACAUGACAGAUGUUCCAUGGAUGGUGCUGCAGCACAACGGCUCAGCCUUAACCAGGGUGAAGGGCGCGAGCCAGGAGAACCCACACCGAGCAGCAUUCCAGUACACGGUCAGCACAGAGCAGCUGCUGGCCAGCAUGGACCGCGCCAGGCACUGCCAACAGGAGCUGGAGCUCCGCUGUCGGAGGUCUCGGCUGCAGGACCCUCGAGAUGGAACCGUGCUGAGCUGGUGGGCUGGAAGAGCCAACGAGACCCACACUUACUGGGGAGGAUCUGUUCCCGGUGCCCACCAGUGUGCCUGUGGGUUAGCGAGGGACUGUCUCGAUCCUCAGUACGGCUGCAACUGUGACGCCGACCGGGACGAAUGGACGAGUGAUGCGGGCAUGCUUUCCCACCGCGAGCACCUGCCGGUCACACAGAUUGUCAUCACCGACGCGGACCGCCCGGGAUCCGAGGCAGCUUACAAGCUGGGACCUUUGCAGUGCCAGGGAGACGGGUCCUUCUGGAACUCGGCGUCUUUCCACACGGAGGCCUCCUACCUGCACUUCCCCACCUUCCACGGAGAGCUCAGCGCUGACAUGUCCUUCUUUUUCAAGACGACAGCUUCCUCUGGGGUGUUGCUGGAAAACUUGGGGAUCACGGACUUCAUCAGCCUGGAGCUGCGCUCCCCCGCGGUAGUGGCGUUUUCGUUCGACGUGGGAAACGGGCCCUGCGAGGUCACGGUGCAGUCGCCCACUCCCCUCAAUGACAACCGGUGGCACCUGGUCCGAGCCGAGAGGAACGUGAAGGAGGCGUUGCUGCAAGUGGACCUGCUGCCCCCCAGCACCCUCCAGGCCCCCGAGGACGGGCACAGGCUCCUGCAGCUCAACAGCCAGCUCUUUGUGGGUGGCACGGCCGCGAGGCAGAGGGGCUUCCUGGGCUGCAUUCGGACGCUGCAGGUGAAUGGGAGGAUCCUGGACCUGGAGGGAAGGGCGAAGGUCACGCCCGGCGUAGAGCCUGGGUGCCCCGGGCACUGCAGCACCUACGGACGCUUGUGUCUCCAUGGGGGGCGGUGCCGCGAGAGGCGCCAGGGCUUCUCCUGCGACUGCGAGCUCUCUGCAUACACGGGGCCCUUCUGCUCCAGCGAGAUUUCUGCAUAUUUUGGAACUGGCUCCUCAGUGACUUACAAUUUUCAGGAAUAUUAUUCCCCAAGUACGAAUGCCACCUCCCACGCUGCCUCAUUCCAGGGAGAGACGACGUUGACCCGAGAGACAAUCACAUUCAGCUUCCGAACGGUGCAAGCCCCAAGCCUGCUGCUUUACGUGGACUCUUUCUACAAGGAGUACCUUUCCAUCAUCCUUACCAAAAACGGGAGUUUGCAGAUCAGGUACAAGCUGGACACACAUCAGGACCCUGACGUUGUUAACUUGAAUUUCAAGAACAUGGCGGAUGGGAACCUUUACCACAUGAAGAUCAGCAGAGAAGAGGGGGUGGUCUUUGUCGAGGUGAACCAGAAAGCUCGGAGACAAGUGAGCCUGUCGUCCGGCACAGCAUUCAAAGCCAUCAAAUCCUUGGUGCUGGGCAGGAUUUUAGAGCCCGGCGAGCACGUGGACGCGGACACGGCGCGGGCCGGCGCGCGGGGCUUCUCCGGCUGCCUCUCGGCGCUGCAGUUCCAGCGCGUGGCUCCGCUGAAGGCUGCGCUGCUUCCCGGGCGCUCCGGGCUCGCGUCGGUGCGGGGCCCCGUGGCCAGGUCAGGCUGCGGAGCCAGGGCCAGGGAGGACGCGGCGUGGGAACUCACCCACGCUCGAGCACCGCGGACCCAGACAAGGAGCCCCGGGCGGGGGCUCGGGUCACAGUGGGAGGCCCGGGGAGACGCCUGCGGCUCCUGAAACCUCAGCCUUCCGCUCUCUUGCCCAGAAUAUCCUGGUCCUGUGGAUGAGGGCGAACCCAUAGCUGGCGAGACGAGGGGAGACUCCGCAGUUAUUGGAGGUGUGAUCGCCGUUGUGGUGUUCUUUCUACUCUGUCUGGCUGCCAUUGCCGUCAGCCUGUAUCAGCAGAAGAACUUGUACACACCCAAGGAGGCACCGCCAGAGAGCCACGGCACCAGUGAGACGGUGCUCCAAUGCGAGGUCAGCGUGCAGAACGCAGCGCGGGGGACCCAGAAGGAGCACUUCCUCUGAGCGGGAACGAGGGGCAGCACUUCAGUGAGGUGACUCAUCACUUCAUCCGGGGCUCUCCAUGGCCAGAAAUGACCUUUGCAAAUGCGACAGGCUUCAAGGCAGUCAGGCUGCACAGAUGCCCUCUCGGAGGGCCCGGGGCUUUGUCCCGAGACAUUGUCCUUUACCCUCCUUCAUGCCCUUCACAUCACCAUGAGUUAGACAGCUUCAUAAUCCGGGUUAGUUUCCCAUCCCCUGAUGUGAUUUACACUGACGUUUAACUUGCUUAGCAACUGUGAGUUUUGUAAGGGAAAGAGUUCUCUGCCAAAGUCGGACCUGCAGCUCCAUUUGAUCUGCACACACAGGCUGCCUUUAGUCAUUGCUGUUGGUUUCCACAGAACUGAGCUUCCUCUUGACCGUGUCUGUUGAAUUUUUAGGUCUUCUUGCAAGCCAUAGACAAGGGGACAAAAAUGAACAGCCUGCCUGCCUUGCUGUCUGCUGGCCAAUGCAAAGUGUUAUUCCUCUGUUGAGAUUUUUAUUUUUCGGUUUGUUUGCAUUGCUUUUGUUUAGUUUUUCAUGUUCAAAUGUUCAUGAUGAAUAUGGAAAUGUCUGGUACUAACUUCCAGUCUUCAGCUGUGAAACUGAAAAUCCACAGGGAGCAACACUCUGGAGUUAACCGCGCACUCUGUUUGCUCUGUUUUCUUCUAAUGUCACUGAGGCCGGUACUGAUGGUUUGUUACAGACUCUCAGCCGUGCCCUGACUCAUGCUGACCUCACAAAGGUUUCUGCUUUCUCUUUUUCAAACUAAGGUUGAAGAGCAGGUAGAACCACAAAUUCUUAAUAAUGAAAUGUAUUUUUAUUUGCAUCUGCAAUACCUGAAUGAUACAUACUAGUAAAUUUAUUUCCCUAAA